UUGUAUAUCGCACGUUCAAAUGUGAGUAUUUAUUACAAAAUUUCCAUAUUUCAUUUGAAACACGCGUAAUCCUCGUAAUAAUUCAUGCGUAUCCGAUUGUUCGUAGAUAGAAAUUCGCCUUGUUCCAUUUUCCGAUAUAUUCGAAUUCAAUUUGCUUUUAGCUCGCGGUUUAUGUAAUAAUUAUAAUUAUCGCUUCAACGUGAUCUUUGUUAUUGAAUUUUUCUCUAAUAGCCCAAAAUAAAGGCUAAAAUUACGUUUUUCGUAUGGUUUAUCUGACGUAAGGAAUUAGCCGGCUGCGACCUUCAUUGACCUUGUAUCACACCCUAUUCACUCAAUGGUCAUUUUCCUCAAUUUAUACAAUAAACAUAUUUAUUGUAUUGAUUAAAAGUAAUAUUUGACCGUAUUAUUUGUCUGUUCUUCUCAGUUUACAUUAACUAUUUGUUUUCCAGAAUAUUAGAUAACGUUGCUUAAAUAGAUUUUUUGAACUUAUUCUUGGCUAAUAUUACCUUAUCUUACGAAAUUAGUUUUUUGACUCAAUGUAUCGAUUAAUUAUAGGAUACUUUAUUAGAAACACCAAAAAUCGCCAAUUCAUAUAAUUGAUUGUCAAUAUUUGACACCGGUUUACUAGAUUUUUGCAACAAUCGCCAAUUGACAUAAUUGUCAAUAUUUGACACCAGCUUACUAGAUUUCUUUUGCAACAAUUUCUAACACCAAGCAUCCAAAAUGGUGAAGAUGGGAAUAAACGGCUUCGGCCGAAUAGGAAGAUUGGUGCUUCGCGCCGCCCUCAAGAAGGGAGUGAGCGUGGUGUCCGUAAACGAUCCGUUUUUGGACGUCGAAUACAUGGUGUACUUGUUCAAGUACGAUUCCACGCACGGUCGCUACAAGGGUUGCGUCAGCGCCGAGGGAAAAUUCUUGGUGAUCGACGGCAACAAAAUCAAAGUCCACAACGAAAGGGACCCCACCAAAAUCCCAUGGGGUGAGGAUGGCGCGAGCUACGUAGUUGAAUCCACCGGUGUGUUCACCACCAUCGACAAGGCCAAGCAACAUUUGGCCGGCGGUGCUAAGAAAGUCAUCAUUUCGGCCCCGUCCGCGGACGCUCCGAUGUACGUGUGCGGCGUCAACUUGGACUCUUACAAUCCAUCAGAUCCCGUCAUCUCGAACGCGUCGUGCACCACCAACUGCCUGGCGCCCUUGGCCAAAGUCAUACACGACAACUUUGAAAUCGUCGAGGCUUUGAUGACCACCGUGCACGCCACCACCGCCACCCAAAAGACCGUGGACGGUCCGUCCGGUAAGCUGUGGAGGGACGGCCGCGGGGCCGGCCAGAACAUCAUUCCCGCCGCCACCGGCGCCGCCAAGGCUGUAGGCAAAGUCAUUCCCAGCCUAAACGGCAAAUUAACCGGUAUGGCAUUUCGAGUACCCGUCCCGAACGUGUCUGUAGUCGAUUUAACAGCCAGAUUGGCGAAAUCCGCGCCAUACGAUAAGAUCAAGGCGGCGAUUAAGGAAGCCAGCAAAGGGGCCUUUAAAGGUAUUUUGAACUACACCGAGGAGGAGGUGGUGUCGACGGAUUUUUGCGGAGAUACUCAUUCGUCUACGUUUGACGCCUUGGCGGGGAUCGCUCUGAACGAUAAAUUCGUCAAAUUAAUAUCUUGGUACGACAACGAAUAUGGUUAUUCGAACAGAGUGGUCGAUUUGAUCAUGUACAUAUCGACGAAAGACGGAUUCUGUUAA